AUGGCGUACUGCCGUUUAGUGUUUUCUCUUUUAGUAUUAAGUGUCGUACAAAGUUAUGCAUCCGAAGUACCAGUAUUUCUGUGGGGAGACCUGGCGAAGACAUCUUUAAAAUCCAACCCCUUAUCGUUGAUCACUGCCGAAAAUUUCGCGGAAACCCUUGUACAGGAGCUGGAAGGUGAUCCUUUUACCGUGAUAUUUAUGGAAGAGAACCUAUCAGUGGAAGAUUUUUCGCGUAAAAACGCCGAGGGUGAAACAUACUUCCCCUAUUUACGCGCCAACAUUGGUGAUUCGUUGUACUUACCGAAUGUAGAGAACGCUGUACGUGUCCUUAACAACCUAGCGGACCCUGAUAAGGUAGAUCAUGUUAAGUUAUUAGAAAAUGGGCUAUCGGCUGAAAUUGAGCCACAAAGUGGUAAAUUCUUAUUCAUUAAUCUUAAAGAUGCUCAGGAAGGUGACUCUAGAGCCGAUCUCCUGCGUCGUCACAACGACUUCAUGGAAGACAUGUUCACUAAGCUGAAAGAGCGUUAUGAGAAAGUCGUAGCCAUAUACACAGCUCACAACCCUUCCUGGACAAUUCCUGAAUCUCAUCUUCGUAUCCGACGUCAGGCAUCUUCCAGGAAUAAUGAUUAUAAAUUGGAUGGUCUUCGUCUCUAUGUUAAGGAGCUUGUACUAUCCGAAGGGAACAAAACAACACUUUUAGAUAACAUGGCCAGCAGUUCUACUGAGUUUAACAAUACAAUGAAGACCAUGACUACAGUUAUGAACUUUAACAUGGACAACAUUCAGCUCAAUUUUGUUGAGAAUAAUGGUUAUUGGACUUUUGAAACGGUGCUCCUCACCAGGUCCAACUUGAGUGAAAUGCUGUACCCAAACCAUGAGGUAUACGCUGUGAACGGCUUCUCAUAUCGAUGCGCGCAAAAUGUGACCUUCUCUAGCAUCAACGACACACAGCAGUACUCACUAACUUUUAUGGAUAUGAAGGUGCAGCCGUUCUUCAAAAACACCAACGAAUCCGAGAUGGUCUUCGGGGAUUCAUUUAACUGCGUCGGUUUCUUCUCAGUACCAAUAUGGUCUGGUCUGUUCGUGGUAUUUAUACUCCUCGCAAUCACAUUCUAUGGAAUCAUGAUGAUGAUGGACAUUCGCACCAUGGACCGGUUCGAUGAUCCUAAAGGAAAGACUAUCACCAUCAAUACAUCUGAGUAG